AUGUCAAGGGCUCAAUCAUCUUCCUCUUGCUCUCACAAUUCAUGGUUGAUGCGAAAUCAAAGCUUGUCCUGUAAUAGUGGUGGGUGUAGAGGGUUGGGUGAAGCACCCACAUGCAAUUGCGGAGUGGAAGUUGUGUUGAGAACGGCUAGAACUGUGAAGAAUGGUGGGAGAGAGUUUUGGGAAUGCCCUAAUUUCAAGGGUGGAAGUGGAGCUUCAUAUGGGUGCAAUUUCUUUAAAUGGUGCAUUGAAGAUGGUGAUGACAAAAAGGAUGCAACUAUUCUGAGGCAAAGGCAGAAGAUUUAUAUUCUAGAGAAAGAAGUUAAGGGAUGGAGAAAGUGGGUCAACUUGUUAAUUGGAGUGGUGUGCCUGUUGGUUGUAGUUAAUGUGAUUUUAGUAUCCAUGAUGUUGAUGUAG